AUGGCUCAGUCUUACUUUUCCGCCCCAGCUCGGUCAUCUUCAUCGCUGGCGAAGGAGCCUUUGCUUUCAAAUCAUGGUGGUGAGAAGCAUUUGAAGGUGGAGGAUGUUCAAGAAGCCUACAUCGAACAAAAGGAUCGUCUGAUUCAGGCCCUUGAUUCCUCCAAGUCUAUUCUUGGGGAACUGCGUCGGUUCAACAAGGAGGAGUGGGUGGUAAGGUACCCCACUUUACACGAGCAACCCUCCGCAGAGCCUUCAUCGUCAUCAAGGACAAAGCCCCGUCGCUCUCUUCGCCGUUCGCUUUCGUUCGCAGAUGAUCCAAACAACCAAACAGAAGUCCUUUAUACUCCUGUGCGGGAGGGCUUGACCCGAGCUGUCACACUUGCAUCAAUUUCCGAUGCCCCGGAAGGUACUGAUGUCAAGCCUGAGGAUGAAGGCACGAGUCAGGGUCAACGGGACACAUGCGAGGCGGAGAAGUUGAUACUGUCGUCCCAGAAUGGAGAUUUUAAUAUCCUUCGUCUGGACCUCAAGCUCGGCCCCCAUGGCUCGACCACAUCCCCUGCCGCUCUCGUAUCACACCUCGAAAAAGGUUCUAUUGCCAGUUUAUUGGACGAACGUAUCGGUGCUUCUGUCAAUCAUAUGGAUAAGCUCCGCCUUCGUGUGGAGGACACUUCAUCGAAGGUUCUUGUCACCGGGGACCUUAAUUCUGGAAAAUCCACUUUUGUCAACGCCCUUCUUAGGCGGGAGGUGAUGCCGAUUGACCAGCAGCCCUGCACAACCGCCUUUUGCGAAGUGCACGAUGCUGCUGAGAAUAAUGGCAAGGAGGAAGUUCAUAUCAUCAAGGAGGGUGUGGUGUAUAACAUCUCGGAUGAGUCGACCUUCACUCGCGCUUCGCUUGCAGACUUGGAGACGAUUGUCUCAGAUAAUGAGGGUGUUCAGCCAGUCUUGAAAAUAUACCUUUCUGACAGCCGGGCACCGUCGGAAUCAUUGCUCAAUAAUGGGGUUGUUGAUAUAUCCCUAAUUGAUGCACCCGGUCUCAACCGCGAUAGUUUGAAGACAACGGCUCUCUUCACUCGUCAGGAGGAGAUUGACGUCAUUGUCUUUGUCGUUUCCGCCGAAAACCACUUCACCUUGUCCUCCAAGGAAUUCUUAUGGAACGCUAGCAACGAGAAGGCAUACCUUUUCAUUGUCGUGAACAAGUUCGAGCACAUCAAAAAUAAGGAGAAAUGCAAGAGGUUGGUACUAGAACAAAUCAAGCAGCUGAGCCCUGGGACGUACGAGGACGCUGAAGACCUUGUCCACUUCGUUGAUUCUGCCGCUGCUCUCCGACCGUACACAGCCAAUCCAGCAUUCGACGACCUGGAAUCCUCGCUUCGUUCGUUCGUUCUCGUCAAACGCUCCAAAUCGAAGCUCCAGCCUGUCGCAACUUACCUCUCCAACCUCCUAUCCGAUGUUGAUCUUUUGGUUGGCGCAAAUGCCAUCGUUGCCCAAUCUGAUCUUGACCGCGCUCAAGAUGAUUUGACGCGUGUCAAGCCAGUUCUUGAGAAGAUGAAGGGCAGCCAAGAAUUAUUGGAGGAAAAUCUGGAGUCUGUGGAGGAAUUAGGGGCAGAGAAGACGAGUGCCAGAACAAAAGCCAUCCUUUCCUCUGCUAUCGAGCGCGUCGGACAAGGCCUGCCUGGCGUUAAUCAUGCUACUAUUUCCCUGCCAGCUUUCCCUGGAUUCCUUCGCAUUUGGGAUUAUGCCAGAGACGUAAAGAAGGCUUUGUUGGCGAGUUUGGAUGCAGCUGUGAAGUUAGCUGAGGAUGAAGCGCGCGCCACUACUUCUGCAGGGGUGAAGAAGAUCGGCGAGCUUGGCGACGCCAAUCUUCCUGAAGGAGUCGGGAAGUCCCGAAGGGUAUUCAUGCCAGAGGCCAUGUUCUCGUUGCGCCCAGGCAAGAAGGGACUCCGCCGCCGUUCCUCUGCAACGGCCACCGCUGUCGUGGCUGGAGGGGUCCACAAUCUUGGCAUUGGUCUCUCCCAGCGCCCGGACAUGCUAGACACGUCUGCCCUCGAUAUCUUUGACUUCCACCGACUCUGGCUUCAGUUUGCUGAUGACAAGAAAGAAGCAGAGGAUGAGACCAGCCCUACUACUGCGCUCAGUGUCGUCUCCGUUGGCGUCGGUGCCCUAACAAUGGUUGGUGGUCAGACGUUUGGUGCCCGAGGCAUUAUCGAUGGUAUCGUACGCAUUUCUGAGUUGUUUGGAAACGAAACUGCAAGGAAAUGGGCGGCUCCUCUUUUGGGCGCUUUCGUUAUCGGUGCAACUGCCUACUUCGUUCUUGAACUACCCAACACUAUUCCACGCACCAUCGGUCGCCGCAUCCGUACAUCCCUGGUUGCCGUUGACGAGAACACAACCGAGAAUGAACUCUUCGUUAAUGCCCAUGCUGGCCGUGUCAGCAGGGAGACGCGGAAGGUUUUGCGCCUGGCAUCUUGGGACCUCAGGGAGCGCUUCAGAGCUGCCAUGGAAGAGAGAGGCAAAGAAGUUAAGAACGCAGAGGAGAUGGAGAGGAAGGCCAGGAGAGCACUCGAGUACUUCCUGGAGGUGGAGACAAAGACGGGUUUGAUCAGAAAUGAUGCUGGCUUGAUCAGUGUGUUGUAA